AUGUGGCCCCGCGCCGGGAUCCUGCCGGCUGCCCCGAGCCUUCCGCGGUUCUUGCCACGGCUGCGCCUGGGAAACGCUCCUCGCCCUGGGGAUGCCGCUAGUAGCGGGGAGGGGGCAGGGGGAUGGCAAAGCCAUCGUGCAACUGGUGGCAGAAUCGCUCUGGUAGCCCCAGCUCAGUGUGCCCGGCUGCAGAGGAGACGGCUGUGCUGCACCUGCCCGGGGGCGAGGGGUGGGGGCGGCAGGGGUCGGUCGGGCCGGGGGCUGCAAGUGCUCCCGGCGGGGGUAGAGAGGGGGGCGGCCCGGGGCUGGGGCGAGGGGCUCGGCCCGACGCCGCAGGUGCUAAUUUUCCCGUGGCACCCGCGGCUCAGCCCCGACGGCUCGGCCCCCGGCAGAGUCCCAGAUGCCCGGCCCGGCCCACGGCCGGAGCAGAGCUGUUCCCGCGCAGUGCCCAGGCGGAUGGGAACGGCCCGGGUGAGCCAAGCGCCGCGCUUCUGCGACAAAAUCCGCCGCACAGGGCAGGAGGGAACUGCCUGUGCAGGUCCCCUGGCCCGGAGACCCGGCGGGACCGGGCGGCUCCCUCAACUCCGGCUCGCAGUUUUUGCGGUAGCCUGGGGGGGGAGUUUGCUGGUGGGGAACACGGGUCGGCGCGGUACGGACCAGCGUGGGGAAGGCGCGACUGACAGCCACGAAACCCCGGAUCCCAGCCUCCUGCCACUCCUCCUCCCCGCGGCCGUGAGCUGCACCUUCCAGCACUGCCCACCGAGGCGCCACGGGCAAGAGUUCCCCAUCUCCCUACCCCGCUCCCGGAGCCCCCGCCGCCCGCCUGAAACCUCGCGCCGGCUUCCCCGGGGGCCGCCCCUCCGCGGCCGCACUACCCCGACGGCAGUAGGGAGGGGGGGCGGGGAGGCCCACCCGCGCCCCGGGACUGUCCCGCCUCUCUCCCCCGCCCCACCCCCCCUCCACCCUCAGCGCCACAAUCCCCGCGGGGGCUGCAAAGCGGGCUUGAAAGACGGGAAGCGUCAGACCGCUCGCCUGCACACCCAGCAAGGGGAUGGGAAGGCGUGCGUGACUCCUCGGCAGCGCUGUGCGCAGGCAGGGGCUGCCGUGGGCACUGUGAACCCGUCCCGCCGCGGUUCCCAGGGUCUCUCAUCUGCCGGCAGUCGGGCGAGCGCCCUGCGAGGCGCGGGGCGUGAAGCCUCCCCAGCCCGGGAUCUCAUCCCUCUUUCAUUCACGCAUCUCUCGCUGGCACCGAGUACCAGCUGCGAGGUCGAACAAACACCAGUUGAGUGUCCCCUGGUUCAUGUCCUGGGCUAUAACAUAUCAAUCCCUGUCGUGGUUCUCUCGGAUGCACCUGGAGCCCCUGCGGGCCAGGGCGGCGCCGCCCCUGAGCGGUGGCAGCGCCGGGGGCGGCUCCGGGGGGGGCCCCGCCAGGAGCCGCCGCGUCGCGUAGCGGGGCCCCGUCUGGCGGCGGCCACGCCGAGAGGAGCGGGGCUCCCCCCGGGCGGCCCCUGGGGCGGCGGCGCCGGCUCCAGAAGCAGCGCUCGGCUUUCGGUCUGCGGGCGCAGCGCCCGACCGGGCGGCCCGGAGCCGGCCCCCGGGAGGCCCCGCGGGAGCGCCCGCCCCCUGCCUGCCUCGGUCCCCGCACCCCCAGUCUCCGCCUCCCGCCCCGGCCCGGCGCGGACCCCGCUUUCCCCGUGCACCUGCUCCGCGCAACCUGUAAAGCCGAGCGGCUUGGAGAAGGCAGGGGAGGCCCGGCCCCACCGCGCCAGCCCCGCUCUGGGCGCCCCGCGGGCGGCACCGGAAUGUCGAAAGGUUCUGGCAGCUCUGCCCGGCCCUGCCCUACCCCGCCCGGACGGACCACGGCCGCCCUGGUCCCCCCAGUCCUCACAGCCCCGGGAUUCCCAGUUGGAACGGCGUGGCCCGAACCUCCAGCUCCGCCGUGCGAAGGCUGCCCGUUCCCCGGGGAUGGGCAGCGCGGCGGGGUCGCACGAGUGGGACCAUCCCACCGCCACCGCCCCGCGCCCCGACGGGGUCCCGAGCCUUCUGUCGCCGCGCGGCUUGGGGAGAGGGCCAGGCGGAGGGAAUUUCUCGGCGGCGGAGCUCCGCACCCGUCGGGCGAAUGAAGGUGGCUUCCCGUUCUGGGAAAUGUAUCCACCGAAAGCCCCGAUGGCAACCCUGACCUCCAAAUUCACGGGGGCCGGGGCCGGUCCAGGGCGCUCGCGUAUGGGCCCCGUGGAGAACGAUGUCCCGGGAGAGAGCCACGUCUCGGACCCGGACAUCUCCCUAGUGGAUGGCGGGCAGGGACGCCCCCAGGGCGGAACGGGCACCUCCGACGGUGCCGACUCCCACUCGGGCGACCACGCUGAAGUGAAAAGUGGCCCGAGGCGCGCUGGGACGAGUGGGAAGCACUCCUGCCGUCCCAGCGAGACCCCCAGAGCUUCUCUGAUUGUGCCCGCCAGCGUGGGGAGUGCGGUCGGCGGGGCCGGGAAUGCGCGGAGCACUGCGGCCCCCCCUCGGCGGAGCGCAGACCGCGACACUGACCUUCCCGCGGGGGGGAACGGCGCGUCUUUCACAGAAUUAGCCGCACAGGCGUCUCGCUAUAACUUUUGUUCCUCGCCACCACCCGGACACACCGCACCCGCUCCGCCGCCAGCCCGUCCCGUCCCGUUCCCGACGGCUUUCCCGUGCCCUGCCCUGACAAUACGGGAAAUGCAUCACUGUCACCGGUCGCGGGUGACAGAUGAGGCAAAGGCGCGGAGCCCUCGCCAAGGUCAAGUUGAAGAUGUCGGUGGCUGUGCGGUCGCCGCCUGUUGA